AUGUUGGGUAGUCUUGAUUGCACGCACUUGGAGUGGGCGACAUGUCCCACCGCUUGGAAAGGGCAACACCAUCGCGGUGACCACGAUGGUCCAACCCUAAUAUUACAAGCGGCCGCGUCUCAAGAAUUAUGGAUUUGGCAUGCGUACUUUGGCAUGGCCGGUGCGAACAAUGACAUCGCAGUUUUACAAUCUUUGAAUCUUUUAGACGAUGUCAUAGAUGGUGUUGCACCUGAUACUUCAUUCUAUGCAAACAACGUGGAGCAUAAGUAUGGGUACUAUCUCACAGAUGGUAUUUAUCCGGAGUGGGCGACGUUUGUGAAAACUCUUUCAUGUCCAGAUGAUGAGAAAAGAAUGUAUUACAAGAAGAAACAAGAGUCAGUAAGAAAAGAUAUCGAACGUGCGUUCGAUGUGUUAAAAAAGAGAUGA